GGAAAACACAGAUAAUUAAAGUCAAGAAAGGGCGCAUCCAUUGCGAUUUCUCUUCUUCUUCUCCUUCUUCGUGUUUUGGUCGCAUUCUUUCUAUAACAGAUCGCAACCUAGAGAGAGAGAGAGGAGAGAGAAAGCGCGUUAAAAGACCAAUUUGACCUUCGAUCUUCUUCAUCUUCCUCUCUCUCGCUUCUCGAUUCGUUUUCAAGUUAUUUGUUCGUCACAUUCAUUCACCAUGAACGAGAAGGCCAACGUUUCUAAGGAGCUCAACGCCAAGCACAAAAAGAUACUGGAAGGACUUCUUAAAUUACCGGAGAAUAGGGAAUGUGCUGACUGCAAAGCUAAAGGCCCAAGAUGGGCUAGUGUCAAUCUCGGCAUCUUUAUAUGCAUGCAGUGUUCAGGAAUACAUCGAAGUCUAGGGGUACAUAUAUCAAAGGUUCGCUCUGCAACUUUGGACACCUGGCUCCCGGAGCAGGUUGCUUUCAUUCAAUCGAUGGGAAACGAGAAAGCAAAUAGUUACUGGGAGGCAGAACUACCCCCAAAUUAUGAUAGAGUUGGAAUUGAAAAUUUCAUUCGUGCAAAGUAUGAAGAAAAGAGAUGGGUUGCAAGGGACGGGAAACCCAAAUCACCUUCUAGUCUGCGAGAAGAGAUAACUCCUUCACAUUGGCAAAGGCCUGUGGAAAGAGGUGGGCAUGCCUAUGCAGUAGCGUCUGAGAAUACUUUUGAGGAAAGGAAGAAAAGCCAACCAUCAAAUGUAAUUCCUGCUACAAGAAUUAGUGUUCCUGCUCCUCCCAAAGGACCUGAGCUGGUAACUCCUGUGACAAAACCUAAGCAUAUUGAGAAAGUGGAACCUGUGGAACCACACCCUCAAGCUGGAACUUCAAAGCAGACUACUGGUACAGCUGAAAAUUCCCCUCCAAAAGUUGACUUUGCUACAGACCUUUUUGACAUGUUGUCCAUGGAUGGUCCAAGUGAAACGGGCUCAGGGGAAGCUGGUGCUACUACUGAUGAUAAUAACUGGGCAGGCUUUCAGUCUGCUGCAGAGGCAUCAACAGCCGAAAAGACUGAUGCCAUGAAAGCAGUUGAGAGUACACCCCAGUCCACAUCUGGAAUUGAGGAUCUGUUUAAAGAUUCACCUUCAGCGACCCCAAGCUUAGCUCCAGAAAAACCACAAAAAGAUGUAAAAAAUGAUAUCAUGAGCCUCUUUGAGAAGACCGAUAUGGUGUCUCCAUUUUCUAUGCAUCAACAGCAGCUGGCCAUGCUGGCACAGCAACAGUCUCUUCUAAUGGCUGCUGCAGCCAAGUCUGCUGGUGGGGAUUCCAAGUAUCCUGCUAGUGUACACCCGCAGCUGGCCAUGCUAGCACAGCAACAGUCCCUUCUGAUGGCUGCUGCAGCUAAAUCUGCUGCUGGGGAUUCCAAGUAUCCUGCUAGCUUACAACAACCUGGGUCCAAUAUGCCUGUCCAAAGUUGGCCAGCUUCUGGCUACCCAAUUCCUGGAGUAAUGCCCAUGGGUGGUCAGGGAGAGUUGCAGAAACUUAUUCAGACGAUGAACAUGACUGCAGCGCAUCCAGCAGGGAGCUCGGUUCAGUAUCCACCAUCUAGCUUCUAUACUAUGGGGCAAGUUGCUCCAGUAAAUGGUAUGAUGACAACGGGAGUGAGUAAAGCUGAGGCAGCAGCUCCGGUAUCAUCAACCACUUCACAGACGGAGAAGGAAUAUGACUUUUCCUCUUUAACCCAAGGAAUGUUUGCGAAACACUGAUUGGCCUUUGCUUAUUCCCGGCUGUGUCAUAUAUCACAGGAGAUUAGUUCAAAUUACAGUAAAGUACACUUUCUUUUUUUCUUUCCCCUUACCUGUCCUUGGGUUGUAAUCCAUUUCUAAAGCUACUGAGCUAGUUCAGUUUUUUCCUCCUUGUUGGUGAUUGCUUCAUUUGUAUCAUCGAUAGGUGUAUUCACAAUAAAAUUUAGUGAUAUUAUU